CGGGCCUUCGAGACAGCGAGGCACAGCGAGGCGAAGCCGAAGGCGCAGCCAUGCGGCGACUGGGGGGACUUGGACCCGGGGCGGUGCUCCUCGCGGUGGCCAUGGCGGCCCUGCUGCCGGAGGCCGCCGUCGGCGCGUCGCACGCCCUGGACCACGAGCUGGGUGCCAGCCUGGAGGCGGCGCUCCAGGAGGACAGUGUGGUGGUGGCCUGGACGCACCUCAAGCCCCGCGGCAAGAAGAACGCCCCGGAGACGCUGCUGGCCCUGGACUUCCCCGGCUCCGAGGGCAAGUUCGUCCUGACGCUGGACAGGCACGAGAAGAAGGUGGUCCUGGACGUGACGACGGAGGACGGCGAGCUGCAGUCGCAGCACUGGGCCGUGGACCCGCUGUCGCCCGAGGAGCCCAUCAAGAACAUGGUCCUCUACCUGGACCAGCGGCAGCCCGGCGCGCGCGCCCGCCUCUACGUGGACUGCGAGACGCAGGGCUCGCUCAACCUGCGCCGCACGCCCAGGGAGCUGUUCAACGCCGUGGAGGCCGAGGCCAAGACCGUGCACGUGAGCCGUGAGAGGAAGCACGCCGUGGAGGUGCACGGCGCCAUGCACGCCAGCCUGAUGCUGGACAAGCUGGACUGCCCCAAGCAGGAGGACCGCAUGGUGGCCAUCGAGCCGGACGGCUCUGGACGGCCGGGCGAGCGCGGCCCGCAGGGCAACGAGCUGUACCCCAACAGAGGAGACAUUCCAAUCCUUCACGGCUGUGACGAAUGUGACAAGGACUUGCUGGUGAAGACCCUGGACGACCUGAUCAACGCGAUGAAGCGCUUGCGCGAGGAGAUGGAGUACCAGGUUGGUGGUUGCGCCGACAGGAACGCGCAGUUGAGGGCCGAGCACGCGUGCGACAUCAUGCAACGGACCGAGACGCGGCAGCUCCGCGAGAUGCUGGAGCAGUGCGAGCUCUGCAAAGGAGGCGAGCCCGCGGCCAUCCGCAUCACCUGCGAGAGCCAGCCGUCGCCCUGCUUCCCGGGCGCCGAGUGCCGCGACACGCCGGAGGGGCCCCGCUGCGGCCGCUGUCCGCAGGGCUACGUCGGCGACGGCCGGAACUGCAAGCCCGGCUACACGUGCGCGGAGAGGCCCUGCUUCCAGGGCGUGCGUUGUUACGACACUGUGGAGGGCGCGCAGUGCGGACCCUGCCCCGCCGGCUACCAGGGCGACGGCCAGCGGUGCACUCCGCGCAACGGCUGCGAGAACAACCCGUGCUGGCCAGGCGUGCAGUGCCACCCCCUGCAGGACCACCCCUUCUACCGCUGCGGGAACUGCGCCGCCGGCUUCACCGGUAACGGAACCACCUGCCACGACCUGGACGAGUGCGACCUGGCCGAGCCGUGCGACCCGCGCGUCCGCUGCGUCAACAUGCAGCCCGGCUACCGCUGCGACCCGUGCCCGCAGGGCUACACCGGCUCGCCGGGCGUGGAGGGCGUGGGCCUGGAGUACGCCGUGCAGCACCGCCAGCGCUGCAGCGACAUCGACGAGUGCGCCGACGGCCGCAACGGCGGCUGCGCCCCGCACUCCAUCUGCGUCAACACCGAGGGCUCCUUCCACUGCGGCGGCUGCGCCAAGGGCUUCGUCGGCAACCAGACCGUCGGGUGCCACAACAAGCCCGGGCUGUGUCCGGACGGCACCGACUGCGACCAGAACGCCGACUGCGUCCGCCACACCGCCAACUCGUACCGCUGCAGGUGUCGCGUCGGCUUCGCGGGAGACGGCCUCGUCUGCGGUCCGGAUAGGGACUUGGACGGCUGGCCCGACUACGAUCUCGGCUGCAGCUUCAGCCGCUGCCGAAAGGACAACUGCGUGCUGGUGCCCAACUCCGGCCAGGAGGACGCCGACAAGGACGGCCUCGGCGACGUGUGCGACCCGGACGCCGACGACGACCUGGUGCCCAACGGCGGGGAUAACUGCCCGCUCGUGUACAACCCCGACCAGGCCGACACGGACCAGGAGGGCCCCGACAAGCAGGGCGACGCCUGCGACAACUGCCCCACCGUGCCCAACGUGGACCAGGAGGACACCGACGGCGACGGCAUCGGCGACGCCUGCGACGACGACAUCGACAACGACGAGAUCCUCAACCACCAGGACAACUGCCCGAAGAAGGCCAACCGCGACCAGAUGGACACGGACGGCGACGGCCUGGGCGACGUGUGCGAUAACUGCCCCAAGGUGCCCAACUCGAACCAGAUCGACAGCGACAACGACAACGUGGGCGACGCGUGCGACACGAACCACGACACGGACAAGGACGGCCACCAGGACAACGUCGACAACUGCCCCAGGAUCCCCAACGGCGACCAGCUGGACACGGACCGCGACGGCCGCGGCGACGCUUGCGACAACGACCGGGACAACGACGGCAUCCCCAACCUGCAGGACAACUGCCCGCUGGUGUACAACCCGGACCAGGAGGACAUCGACCAGAACGGCGUGGGCGACGCGUGCCAGGGCGACUACGACAAGGACAACGUGGCGGACCACCUCGACAACUGCCCCAACAACUCCAUGAUCUUCUCCACGGACUUCCGCACCUACCAGACCGUGGUGCUGGACCCCGAGGGCGACUCCCAGAUCGACCCCAACUGGGUCAUCUACAACAAGGGCGCGGAGAUCGUGCAGACCAUGAACUCCGACCCCGGUCUCGCCGUCGGCUUCGACUCCUUCGGCGGCGUCGACUUCGAGGGCACCUUCUUCGUGGACACGGAGAUCGACGACGACUACGUCGGCUUCAUUUUCAGCUACCAAGACAACCACAAGUUCUACACCGUGGCGUGGAAGAAGCACACGCAGACCUACUGGCAGUCGACGCCGUUCCGAGCCGUCGCCGAGCCGGGCAUCCAGAUCAAGCUGGUCAACAGCCGCUCCGGGCCGGGGCAGAUGCUGCGCAACUCGCUGUGGCACACUGGCGACACGCCCGACCAGGUGCGGCUGCUGUGGAAGGACCCGCGCAACGUCGGCUGGAAGGAGAAGACGGCCUACCGCUGGCUGCUGCUGCACAGGCCCACCAUCGGCCUCAUCCGCCUGCGCAUCUUCGAGGGCGAGAGCAUGGUGGCCGACUCGGGCAACAUCUUCGACAACACGCUCAAGGGCGGCCGACUGGGUGUCUUCUGCUUCUCGCAGGAGAUGAUCAUUUGGUCCGACCUGGUGUACCGGUGUAACGACCACGUGCCUGAGACGAUAUACCGCGAGCUGCCGCCCAGACUACAGAAGGAAGUCCACAUCGACUUCUCCAAGACGCCGAUGCCCAACUUCUACAACAACAACAGCAAGAAGUAGAGGAGGGGUGGACGGACCCGUCCAGUCUUUGCCGCAAAGGCAGCCGCGCGGCCCCAUUAGCCGUCGGCGGUGCUAGUACAACCGCAGCGAACUCAGCUGCCGCUGCCUGUCUCACUGGAGGGGAGCAGGAGGGAAAAGAUUGUACGAUUGAGUGCUACCAACAUCAACAGUCUGUGCAGAGGUAUUUUCAAUCGUUCAUCCUUGCUAGUUUAAUGUUUAGAAUGGUUUGGCUGCUGUCAAAUACGUGGCACAUUGUGGCAUUAGAAGCAUUGAUGAUAUCAUCCGAGCUAAGUCUUCAAGGUUUGCCCCCUCCCUGUCUGAUGGGCAAGCAAUGGAAUGUAUUCCAAUGUUACUUCGACUUUUUAGAAAUAAUUUGGAAUAUUUUAGUCCAAAAAGAUGCAAAAUUUAUUUUUAUUAAAAAACAAAAACAGUGACUAACAUGUUUGGAAUAUGUUUCAAAUAGAAAAUGUGCGUUGUUCCCUGUAACUCUUUCUUUUUGUUUGUUGUUAGAAUUUGAAAGUAGGAUUUUCAUGUUUGUUAGAUAGCACUUAUGUUUUUUAGUUAUCAGUUAUCUGCUCCAGGUAAAACAGAAUACCACGAUAAACUCACUGUGGUAUCAACAACAAUGCAAUGGAAGAUAAGGAAUUCUUAAUUUCUGAUUCUUGUUUUGAUGCCAUGGUGACUUUCUCUCACACCAGCGACAUCAUUUGAAACUUUGUUUUAAUGAUGUGUCUGGGUCUGCAGCAAAAGAUUCAUAUUUACUCACAUUCCUUCCAAUAUUACUCCGUGCAACAAAUGGUGUGCCAUAUUAUUUUCCUAACUUAUUAAGGACAUGCCCACUGUUAAGUAAUAAGUAAUAGUGUGUUUGACUGUAUGUGGGUAGUAAGCCUGGUGAUCUGUUGACAAAGUUGUUGCUCUGCACAGAAAGUUAAAUGCCUACCCAUAUUUUGUAACAUGUCUGUAAUACAAAUAUAGCACAAAGUCUACCAUUAACGCAAUAAAUUUUAAUACCAUACUCAAUAAAAAAAUUCUUUUUCAG